GAUGCUGCGUGCGCUAAGUGCCUUCGUCCUGCUUGUCUAUUCUCUGGAAACCUCCAGGGCGGCAGUUGGGGAUUUGGAGACCACGCUGAGGCACUGCUGCAAUUUGGGCCGGCAGGAGUCACGUUGCUCCAACAUCGUGGCGCCGAAGGAUGUCCCGCAGGAGCACCUCAGCAUGUGCCUGACGGCCAUUGAGAUUUGCUGCGUCGAGGCAGACAGAGCAAAAGAGUGCAGUUUAGGUCAGGAAGACGCCAAGGCCAAACAGGACUGCAUCAUUUUACCAGGAACGACCGGCAGAUAUCGAAGGGAUUGCUGCAGUGCGUGCAAAUUAGGGAUGAUCGUUUCAUCCAUGGGGAUGACAUGUGCAAGUCAGGAGUUCCUCUUUGGAUCGCCGUGGAACGUGGCUUACAUGACCUGCUGCUCAGGGAUUCCUUAUACUGGCAGGGCAGUGCACGAGCCUCCUCGAAGUCCAUUACUUUCGAAUGUCGGUGGAAAUUUUCCCACUCAAAACCAUUUGGAUGACAGCGAAGAGGCUGAUGAUCUCUGUGACCAAUUUCCUGGCCAACUUUGCCAAGAUAUCUGCAUUCCGACCGAAGGCUCUUAUGUUUGCGCCUGCAAAACAGGUUUUACUUUGGACGCAGAUGGAAAAUCGUGCACAAUUUUGCCUCAAAACGACAGGUGUCGGUCAAACAACCCUUGCAGCCAGAAAUGCGUUGAUACGGGCGUUUCAAUUGCGUGCUCUUGCCUUCCUGGUUACGUGCUUGCCCCUGAUAAGAAAAAUUGCCAAGAUAUAAAUGAGUGCACCUCGGAAGACAACGUUUGCAAACUUGCGGGAAUGCAGUGUCGCAACGAAGUAGGCUCAUUCGUAUGCCUCACUCCCGACGGCUCGGUUAUGCAACCGGGAACGCUGCAGAGUCAAGCGGGUCACGACGAGCACAUCAAAGAAAGCGUCACUCAGACCUCAGUAGACAAUGAGGCCACUACCAAGUGUCCCCCUGGCUAUGUCGUCAACCAGACAACUCACUACUGUGAUGAUUUAAAUGAAUGUGUGUUGAGUAAAAAUAUCUGCGGUCUAAAUACUACUUGCGUCAACACUGUCGGCUCUUACUUUUGCGAAGAUGCACCGCCAGAGGUCGUUUGCAGUCCUGGCCUCAGGUUCAACAGCGAAAGUGGAAAGUGUGAAGAUGUGGAUGAAUGCUUAGAAGAGCUGGAUAACUGCAGAGAAAAAAAUGAAAAGUGUCUGAACACAAUGGGCAGCUACAUUUGCCACAGACCCGCAUCCAGACGUUGCCCAGCUGGUUUCAAAUAUGACAUUUCUUUGAGACAGUGCUUAGACGUGGACGAGUGCUCUGAAAAAAUUGACAGCUGCAAUAGGGAACAGGAGCAGUGUGUGAACACAAAUGGUGCCUUUGAGUGCAUCACAGAUCAGAGGCCAUUCACUGCGUGGACACCAGUGACGCCAACCCCUCGUCAAACAAUUGUGACUUCGCCUUCUGUGCCGGUUUAUUCAGUUCCGGCUCAAAAUUGCCAGCAGGGAUUUCAGUUCGAUGUCAAUUUAAGAAGAUGUAUAGACAUUGACGAAUGCUCCGAGAGGAAUGCGCCUGUUUGCGAUGGAGCUCAAGAUUGCGUUAACAGUCCUGGCAGUUAUACUUGUGUGUGCAAAAGAGGAUUCCAGCAAGACCCCAGUACUUUGGCCUGUGUUGAUAUUAACGAAUGUCAGCUUGACACACACGACUGCACGGUGGGCCAAAGGUGUGACAACACCAUCGGGUCUUACAAGUGUUUCAGGCUGACGAGCUGCGGCACAGGCUACACCUUGAACGCCAAUACUGGAUCCUGCGAAGAUGAUAAUGAGUGUUUGCUGAGAACUGACAACUGUGCCGAGCUUGGACCUCGUUACCAGUGCAGAAACACAGUUGGUUCGUUCAGGUGUGUGCCUAAAAUUUGUGAAGGCAAGAAAAUUCUUAGCGCCAGUGGCCAAUGCGUAGACCAGGCCUGUCCGUCAGGUUUUGAACCUAGCCUUCUUGGAAAAUGCGUUGACAUUGACGAGUGCAGACAAAAUGCAUGCCGUGAAAACGAAAAAUGCAUCAACACCCAAGGGUCUUACUACUGCACCCGCAAAUUGGACUGCGGACCCGGUUUUGAGAUGAACGAACACGGCAAUCAAUGUUUGGAUAUCGAUGAAUGCGCCAAGGGCACCCAUCAGUGCGCGUCAGGUCAGCAGUGUUUCAACAGACAAGGUUCUUAUGCAUGCCAAUGUCCCCCCGGCUAUCAGAUAAACCAAUUCACCAAACAGUGCGUUGAUAUCGACGAAUGCACAUCUUUAAGAGGAAACUUUCAGCUUUGUUCUGCGAAUUCCAUUUGCCAAAACACGCCAGGGGCAUACAGGUGUAACUGCAAAGAAGGUUUCCGCCAUGAAAACGAUGAUUACAAAGUUUGUCACGACAUCAAUGAGUGUGACAGCGGCCCUGGUUUGUGUCAGCACACUUGUUUGAACAACUGGGGUUCCUUCCGUUGCGCCUGCAACCCAGGUUUUACUUUACAGUCGGACGGAAGGUCAUGCUUCGAUAUUGACGAAUGCUCCGAGUUUAAAGACAGAAAUCUCUGCGUCGGAAUUUGUCAAAACACGCCUGGCAGCUACAAAUGCCGCUGCCCUGAAGGUUAUAAGUUGGGCUCUGAUGAACGAACUUGCAUUGACAUUGACGAGUGUUCGGCCAAUUCGGGUGUUUGCCGUUCAGACCAAGUGUGUCUGAACACAAGAGGGUCAUACCAGUGCAACAAUGUAUACUGCCCUCCAAACUACUCAAGAGAAACGGAUCACAAAAACCGGUGCAAGAAAAAUUCCUUUUACUGCCGAGAUGGCGAUGCUGAAUGCAUGAAGGAGCCUCAAACAAUAUCAAACAACUAUAUGACUUUCGUUUCCAACAUUGGAAUUCCAUCUAUCGGCUACCUCGACCUGUUCACAAUGCGGGGCCCCAUGUGGCAGAGCACGGCCGUGCGCUUUGACCUGCAGCUGGCCAACGCCAGGGCACCCCAGCACGUACCCACCGUUACCAAAGACUUUUUUAGAAUCCGCAGACAAAGUCACAAUCAAGCAAUUAUUUCGAUGGUGAGGAGCAUUAAAGGACCACAGCAAAUCGAAUUGCACUUGACCAUGGAUAUUUUGCACAAUGGCGUGUUUAGUGGGACAGUGUUGGCCAAACUGUUCAUUGUGGUCUCUGAACAUGAAUUCUAAAGAAUUAGAUUUUAUUCCAUCUAAAAAUAAUAAUAUUAAUCUUGAAAUUCGUACACAUGUUGUGUUUAAUAAAAUUUUCUAAUCUAAUCUAAUCUUGAAAUUAAAAGAAAAGU